AUGGCCACCAGCACCAGCACCGCCGCCGGGCACCCGCACCUCAGCCCGCAAUUCUGCUUCUCUACGGGCGCACUCAAAGAAUUCCUCCGCCUCUCCCGCUCCACCGACGACACAAUCUCGCAAUCCCUCAACACACUCAGCACCCCCUCGCGCACGCCCUUCGACUCAACACUCAGCACGCGGUCCUCACCCCGUCGCCUUCCCGCCGGCACCUGUACGCAGUUCACGCAGCGGGUGCUGUUCCCGUCGUGGCAAGCACGGACCGAGGUGCUCGAGUACUGCGGCCGCGUCGCGGAGGCCGAGGACCCCGAGGACCCCGCGGAGGUGGUGGGCGAGCGGGUAGUGGAUGAGAGGCUGGAUCCGUACAGUGGGCGGUACUUCCCAAAGGAGAGACGGACGGAGGUGUUGGCUGUUGUGGUGAGGGGCGAGUGGGGGGUUGAGGAGAUUGUGAGGGAGAGGAGUUGGAGGGUUGUUGGGGAGCGGUGUGAGGGGGUUGGGCAGAGGGGGGUGGAGGGGAGGGAGUGGAGGGUGGCGUUUGAGGAGUGGAGGGCGGGGAGGGGGUAG